AUGGAUUUGUUACAAGAGUUAAAAGCUAACGUUAUUGCGACUAAUAUAUGGGACGAUUAUACAAUUUGUAAAGCGGACGGUUUCGGUAGUACUUUAUUGUUAUGUGAUGCUAAUGAUACGCUGACUUUCCAAACUCAGCAAAAGCUGAUCUCGUUGCUUAAUGACCUUCAGCAAAAGGUUAAAUGUGAUUGUGACAGUGGAUGCAAACGUCCGAAUGGGAAUAACAGGUAUAUUGGCGUUCUUCAUGUGACGAAUUCGACAAAAGUUGCUGAUAGUGGUGAACCAUUAAAUGAAACUGCCAAGAAGAUUUACUAUGAUGCUCAGCUAGGCAAUGUUCACUGCGACAAUGGACUUCUCAUCAUCUAUAUAAAGGAUAAAAAGCAGUUAGUAACAUAUCACGGUGGCGAUUCUUAUACUUCUUUGGAUGCGAAGGAUCUAAUAAAAUUGCACAAGCUGGCUAUCAAAAAUAAGCCAUCGGAGGAUAUCAUCGCAUUACAGUACUUGUUAUCCAAUUAUAACAACGCACGGAAAUCGGAAAUACAACGAGCUGAAACUUGGACGCCAAUUGUUGGACUUUUCUUGGCUCUUAUCAUUGUGCUCUUAAUCCUAGCAAUAUUAUUAACAUUAUUCUUGGCUCGAUUUUGUUGUUGUUGUGCAAGACGCAUUAAAGAUGAAGAUGAAAUAUAUAGGACAAGUACAGUAAGAGGAUCUAGAAAACUAUUGAUUGCAACUCCUACAUUUGAACGAAUUUAUGGAACACCGGGAGAUGCUAUUUAUAGCACUCCAUAUUCCGGAACUCCACUUCCACCGCCACGUUUGCCUGGUUUUAAAGCAGAGAUAUAUCCCGGGUCAUUGCGAAGCUCAUCCCAAACCGCUACACCAGCAUCAAUUCAAAGACAUCGAAUACGACCAAUGCAUUCCCCGAUUUCACGCGGUAUAUCUUCCAACGGUACAUUAACCAUCAAUCGAGUCGGCAGUAAUAAAGUUGACGAUUCAACUCAGACAAAUGGCAUUGCAUCAUUAGAAGAUAUAUUGGAAGUAAGAGGACUGGAACCUCCAAUUCAAGAAAGUGCUUCGGUGAAGUCAGGUGGUAACAUAUUGUUACCGCGAAGAGCUGAAACUUACAGUGGUCAACGAUCUAUUGGUCCUACGGAAUUAGAUUUAUCGUUCUUGGAUCCAAAACGAAAACAAGAAGUGCAAACUUGUACCGAUUUUAUUUACUAA